AUGGCGACAGCGCGUCCGAUCGACGACGAAGGAAAUGUGUCAACGUGGCAAAGGAUAAACAAUUGGCUACCGUUCCCUUUUGGCGACCAUCCGUGGUGGAUCGACGGUACUACCCGGGUUCCUGAUGAGAAGGACGAGAACCCACGGCUCUGGCGGGAAGGGGUGAUCAACAUCUUCGAUCAUAAUGGUUUCGACUUGCAGGUCUUCAUCGUCGCGGCGUCCGGCUUCUUGACAGAUUCAUACUCACUGUUCGCGACCAAUGUGAUCUUGCCCCUGCUGGCCUUCUUGUAUUGGCCAGAUCGAGCGGACAAACUGCCGGAGCUCUAUAUCAAUGUUGCGACCUUGGCUGGGUCCGUUGUUGGACAGCUGCUCUUUGGGUGGUUGACCGAUCGACUUGGACGAAGAAAGCUCUAUGGUCUUGAGCUGGUGCUGGUAAUAUUUGCGACGCUAGGGAUGUCACAGGCUUCAAAUGGCAUGUACAACAACAUGAACAUAUUGAGCUGGAUGAUAUUUUAUCGCUUUUUUCUCGGAAUGGGUAUUGGGGCUGAAUAUCCCCUGAGUGCUGUGAUCACCGCGGAGUUUGCCAGUACCAAGUACCGGGCAAGAAUGAUGGCCGCUGUAUUUCUGAUGCAACCGUUGGGGCAGGUCCUUGCAGCUGCAAUUGGAUGGGGAGUCUUGACAGGUUUGAUGCAAUCGCGCGGUCUACAGGGUCUCCCAGACCGUGGAGCUGAGUUUGAUCGACUCUCUGUGGAGCAACAGCAUCUAAUCCUGUCAACACUGGAUAGUGUUUGGCGCUGGGUAGUUGGUGCUGGCUGCAUCCCUGCUCUUCUUGCCAUCCUCUGGAGAUUUUCUAUCCCAGAGUCGCCUCGCUAUACGAUGGAUGUUGCUCAUGAUCCCAAACAAGCAAUCAUGGCUACCAAGCGCCAGUUCCGACGUACUGUACAAUUGUUAGAAUCCCACAACGUGUCCUCGGAUGAGGGCGAUACUCUGGCUCCUUCGAACCCACGAAGUUUUCCGACAUCUCCUGCGCUUACUGCUUCUCCCGAUCCAGUACAAGACAGCGACUCGACUUUUUGGACUUUCUUCUUCGUUGAGGGCAAUAUCCGAUACCUUGCAGCGACUUCUAUCUGCUGGUUUUUGCUUGAUUUCUGCUUUUAUGCUCUAGGGAUCAACUCCCCACGACCACUUGCCGCUUUGUGGGCCUCAUCGAUCCCAAAUGUCACCAUAACCUCUGUUCUCCAAGCUGCCACGACUACGAUGACAAUUCCUUUCACUCAUCCGGUCACAUUUAAUGGGAAUGUUUACAAUGUUACAACUUCAAUUCUUGCAAAUAUACCGCCUCCAACAACCACAAUCACCAGCCUGGUGGCAGCCACACAUUCAAGCCUCCACAUUCCUGACUACCAAAAUAUUUGGGACCCAACAUACAACAUGUUCACUGAACUAUCCCACAACGCAAAGUUCUAUAUUCUCACCAUAUCAAUCACCUCCUUGGUCGGUGGUGGACUGUUGAUUUGGAUCAUUGACUUCAUUCCGCGGAAGACUUGGUUGGUGUCGUCAUUUCUGCUGUUGAGUAUUUGGUUUGCCGUGUUAGGAGGUGUCCUGGUAGCGACCGAGUUCACAGAGGGCUAUGUGGCCAACGUGGUACUGUACGCCUUCUGUCAAUUUCUGUUCAAUCUUGGCCCAAAUACCUUGACUUUUAUUAUUCCUGCAGAAAUCUUUCCCACCAGAUUCCGUGCCACCUGCCAUGGUAUCUCGGCUGCUUGUGGAAAGCUUGGCGCCAUCGUCAUUCUCAUCCUCACAGAGAAGACUAUCCUGAACGCUAAUCCUCGGGCCUUGGACAAACUUCUUGGUGCUUUCUCAGUCCCACUGGCAGCUGGGGCUUUCUUUGCGUGGAUAUGGAUCCCCGAUCUGCAAACACCACCAACCGGUGAUGCACGGGCACUUCGUCUACCACGACUGCCCAACAAAAGUCUGGAACGGUUAGCAAAGGGAUGGGCAUUCGCGAACGGGACUGAUCAAACUCAAGACCCACGCACUCGUCUUCCAAAAGGGGCAAGAGAAGAGUCUUGGGGACAACUAGCACCUCGGUUAGAAGAGCCGGAGAAACUGAUGGGUCUAUACGAGUGGAAGAGAACAACCUUGCAUCAAAUCCGCGAGACGACCUCGAAAUGUAUUCUUAAUUUCAUGGGCAGACGACUAGAAAUCUAA